ACUGUAUCCUGAGCUCUGCCUGAUCCAGACUGAUCAUGCACAUCAUUCAUCUUCUCUGUCUGGCAGCUGUAACCAUCUGCACACUAAUAACUUGUCAUCCAAUACAAAAGGAAAAAAUCCAAACAGAUUUAAUAUGUGAAAAUCUGAGAGAUAUGGAGGCCAAGAUCAGCAGCAAUUUCCUCAUGAUUCAAUUUAGUAAUAGGAUGGGGAAAGCCAUUCAUCAACACUCAAAAGGAGACAUUUUACCGAAGAAAAGAAGCAAGGAUUUCUUUUCAAUAUUUGUUUUAAAAAAUAAUAAUAUAAUGUGUUUGGAAACAACCAAAAAGCCACAUAUUUCAGUUGAUGUCAUUAAUAAGGACUGCUUUAAAACAAUUCAAAGAAAGAAUUCCUAUCAAUCUACACGGAGGAGUGACGCAAUGAUCAAGCUUUUUGGAGCUAUAAGCCACACUGAGGCUUAUAGUGCAGAAUUGCCACUUUCUCUGCAAUCAAACAACCAUAAAACACAUCUCAGGCAGAGAAGAAGCCAAAAUAUUGACCCAUCUGAUCCUUUGGGAUUCGAGAACCCCAAGUCAAAAACCACCAAUUAUCGAAGACUACAUCGAGAGCGAGAGCGAGAGCACGAGCGCAGCAGUAAUGUUUCUAAAGAGACCAUCACUUCCUAUGAUGACCCUUUACACGUACUGCUUUCCAAGAGCCCAGUCAGUCCAAAUUUACAAAAAGGAAAGAAAAAUAUGCACGUUGCACCAUCUGAUCCAUUCUGAACAAAUUAGGUUCCUUUUAUGGGUUUCACAGCCUCAUGCCAAAGAAAACCAUCUGUGAAUUAAACUACAUUGGAUGGUUCCCUUUUUGGAUGAUAGCCUACCUAAAAACAAACAAUACACUGAUCUGAAGAACUUCUAAAUGUAAGGUUAAGAAAGCAAAUGGUUCCAUGGAAACAAACAACCAGCUGCAACUGAUGCAAUCCAUGGCCUCUUUUUCAGCUCAGUGAGUGAGGCUAGUUUAGGUCACUGCUUGUCAGUCCUUUCACCUUUUUCAAGCCAGUUAAAAUUUAAACUACUCUGCAAUGCUGCGGCAAUAAUGUUGUUUUCAUCAGAACUGUGCAAGAACCUUUUUCAUUGAUUGAUGUAGGUAAUAUCAUGAAAUACUAGGAAUCACAUGCAUUUGGCAAUUAUUUUCUUGCAAUGUUUGGAGUCUGCAAUUUGAAUCAUUUUAUUUCAUGUCGACAGUAGGGCUAGUUUCAAACAUAUGAGAUGGUGCUGGCCACCUCUACUGAAUUAUUUAUUGAAGAAGAAUUGAUACGUUUUUAUUUAUUACAUUUUAUAUUAAUGUCUUUAAUCUAAAUCAAAAAUAAAAUCAAAUUUCAAUUUAUAAAAUGUGAAUGAAAGUGUUUUAGUUUCAUAAUACCCUUAAAUUAAACAAUCUUUUCAGGAAAUCUUCAUAUUGUAUACCAGGAUUCAUAUUGAUUAUAAUGUAUAAUUCAUUUAGCAAUAAAUAAAUAAAUAAAUAAAA